CUCGGUAGCAGCGAUAGCUAUCUUGUUCUAGCGGGUGUACGAGUUUUCAGGACCUUAUCAGCGUCCGCCAUAUAAUAGGUAACCUUUGUCCUCGGCUUUGGCCUUGCAUGCAUUCAUCGUUCUCAGGAUCAAUCAGCCCCAAUGCAUCUCAGGUCUUCAAUUGUAUCGGCAGCCUUGUGGCUCGCCGUGGACGCCGCACCGAGCUACAGCACAUCUCCAAAUGCGACAAUUGAGUUCAAACACUGGCCAGCCAAUGCAUCAAGAGCCCUCAGCAACAUGAUCGUCAAAAAUGCCAACCAAAGCAACUAUGCGGUGUUUGAUAUGGACAACACCAGCUACCGAUACGAUCUCGAAGAGUCACUUCUCCCCUUCCUUGAGAACCGCGGCAUCCUGACUCGUGACAACCUGGACCCGACGCUGAAGCUGAUUGACUUCAAGGACACGGCCAAUUAUACAGAGACGCUGUAUAGCUACUACCUUCGUUUGUGUGAAGACGAUGACUUCAUCUGCUACCCAUGGGCCGCGCAAGUCUGGUCAGGGUUUACGCUUCGCGAGUUGAAGGUCUUCGUCGACGAACUCAUGGCUCUCAACUCGACUAUUCCUACCACGUACUGGGAUGGCGAUGAGGUCGUUAGUACAACGAUCAAUUCUCCCCAAGUCUUCCGGGGCCAAGCAGAGUUGUAUAAUGCGUUGAUGGACAACGGCAUCGAAGUAUACGUUAUCAGCGCCGCCCACGAAGAGCUUGUCCGUAUGGUAGCCAGCGACCCGAAAUACGGCUACAACGUUCCACCGCAGAACGUCAUCGGCGUGACGACCAUGCUUGUGAACUCGACCUCGGGCUUUCUUACAAACGCUCGGAAGCAAAUCGCUGAGGGUACCUACGACCCAGAAGCGAACCUGGAUCUUGUUAUGGGACCUUACCUCUGGACCCCUGCCACAUGGUUUGCUGGCAAAUGGGCUGCCAUCCUGACCUACAUCGAUCAAUGGAAGCGACCAAUCCUGGCAGCUGGAGAUACUCCAGGCUCAGACAGCUACAUGCUGUUCCACGGUGUGGAUACAGCAAAGGGUGGCAUUCAUCUGUGGAUCAACCGCCGAGAUGCGUACUUGGAAAGGAUCCAGGGCGAGAUCCGCAACAACACAGCUGCGCAGAUCGCGAAUGGCAGAGAGGUCACUGCUGACAAGAACUGGGUGUUUGUUAAGCCUGCAGAUAUACUGUAAGUCUGCAGUGCGGUGGGAAUCUAGUCUUCAAGCGUAACAAUUGAACUGCUACAAAUUUCCCCUCUUGAUCGAGUGUCGUCUUUUCAAGGAAGCAGACACAUGGGUUCUGAUUCGCAGCAAUGCCGCGUUAUCAUCACAUGUGAGUCGAUCAUACGUGCCAAAUCACUCGCAUUUUGAUGUUGUGUUGGUGUCUGCCGAUAUGGAAGCUGCGUUGUUGUGAUUUGCAAUCGUUGACUGCAAUGCAUGCUUAAGUAAGCAACACCUGUUUGUGAUGACGUGAGCUCAAGGCUAAAUCGCAGGGUUCGGAGGCGCGGCACGCAGACACGCC